CCUAUUUCUUUUAAAUCCCCAAACUACCCUCGAGAUCGAUGGAGACAAAGCUGAUCAUAGCUCUCAGUUCUUUCUUCAAAUCCCAAGCCUCUGUCUCCUCUUCAUCUUAAGAGUUAUUGCAGAAAAAGAUAAAACAACGGACCGUUAGUUUCUGCCAAAACUAUGAGACCCAUCUUAGACCUCGAGGCUGAAGCUUUAUCGGAACAUGAUCAUCCAGACGAUACCAGUAGCCAAGCUGUCUCGAACUUGUCUCCGGUAGGAGAAUAUUGCAGACCCAUCUCUCUCAAUCUUAGCCUCCGUUUCAACAACAACAAUUUGGAUCUAGAAUCAUCUUCUUUGACGCUGCCAAUUUCGAGGACGAGCGAAAGUAACAACCCAGAGCAACAACAGCAACAACAACAACAACAAAAACCGUCUGCAUUGAAGAGAGUCUUUUCUUGCAACUACUGUCAAAGAAAGUUUUACAGCUCUCAGGCUCUUGGCGGUCACCAGAACGCUCACAAACGUGAAAGAACGCUCGCAAAACGUGCUGUGCGUAUGGGUCUGGCUGGAGUUUUCCCUAGAGGAUCUAGUAGCCCCUAUGCCGCUGCUGCUCUCUCUUGCCUCCCUCUGCAUGGUAACAUGACAUCAUUCAGGACUUUGGGAAUACAGGCGCAUGGCUCGUCCCACGACCUAAGGCCAUCACCAGAAACGAUUAUUAGAAACAUUGCCAGGUUUAACCAGGGGUAUUACAGUAAUUGUGUACCUUUCUUCGUGGAGGACGAGGAUACCGAGCUGCUCUGGCCGGGGAGUUUCAGACAAGCGGCUGUUACGGCUGAAGCUUGUAAUGAUAAUUCGGGUGAAAGCAAAGUGGAUUUCUUGGAGGUCAAACAAGCAAUGGAUACGGAGAGUUGUCUUCCAGAUUUAACCUUGAAGCUUUGAGCUAUCUUAUUUUUUUAAUUCUUAGUUUUUCUUGCGCGAGCUUCAUAUGACUCUGCUAUGUACAGUAAGAGUUUCACAAACCAUUUCCAAUAUGUUUCCGUUAUACCGUCA